AUGGACCCAGAGGCUCUUCCCCUGGUCGGUGAGGAAACUGCAAAGCUGCUCUUGCCUCAGUCCUUGAGCAGCGCAGCUGUUUGCAGCUCCGUGCCAGACAACAGGCCUUCAGCAAGGAGAUUUGACAGCCACUCCAGUCAUCAAGGACACCUAGCCAGGCUAAACAUGGCAACCUGUGGAGACGCCCCUCUCAACGUUCCACCAGAGAGAUUUCCAGUCUGCCGAGAUUUUCAUCGUUCCUACUCACUCACCUCACAGCCAGAAAGACAAGUGAUUCCUGGGAACAUGGACGUGGCGCUCAAGAGACAGCCCGACAACCAAGCUGGGGAGGAGGAUGACACAUUUUCUGAGGAUGACAUGGCAUUUCAAGAUGGAAAUCUGACAGCUGAAGAAAUAAAAUUUUUGAAAGAGUUUCCUGACUGGAAAAAGGAGCAAGAAAAAUUCAUCACAACGCUCCAGGCCUUUGCAGAGGAUGCUGACAAAAUGCACAAAAAAUUCACCAAGUCCAAAGUGGUGGCCAACUCUGUCACUGUUGUCUCUGAAGUUGCAACCAUUGUGGGCUUUGCCUUAAUUCCCGUAACAGCAGGAGCAAGCUUGCUGCUCUCAACCGCAAGCAAAGGUGUGUCGGCAGCAGCUGCAGUCAGCACCAUGGUGACAGAGUUAAGAGAAAAAUCCCACAAUAGAAAACUCCGCGCUCAGGCCAGUGUCCAAGUGCCCAUGGGUGACCAAGAGUUCAGAGACACAGGAGAAAAGCAGUCUCCCGAUGUCACGGCUGCCGGUCAGGCUCUGUACAGGUGUGGGAGAGCUUUGAAGGUCAUUAAGAAGGGCAUCCGUGCCCUUUGGCCUAUCAAGUCCCAGAGACACUUGGGCACUGCCGCCAAGCACCGUCAGAUUAACUGGAAAGUUUCAGCACCAGCGAGAACCCAGGCACAGAAAGCCAGUCCAGGCAAAGUAUGGACCAUGGCAAAAAUAGCUCGCGUGAGUGGCAGGGCCUUCGCUUCCAUGUCUCUGAACGAGGGUAUGUCUGCACUCUGGAAGAACUGGAAGGAACUGAAGGAUGAAUCGAAGGCAGAGCUUGCAGAAGAACUCAGGGCCCAAGCUCGGGAGCUGGAAGAAGUGCUGGCACAGUACACCGCGUGUUACGACGCACUGCUAAAAAAGAAAACGGCAGAUGUUACGAGCUCUCUGGAAGUCUGCAGUCUAGAUGACCACUCAGGACUCGCCCAUGAGUACAGCUGUCCCCAGGCAGAGGACGACAGUGCAGUGCCAACCGUGAAGCCCAGCAGCGCACCCAUGGCUGUGCCACCAGUGCUACUCCCUGCUCCCAAGCUGCCGGAAGCACUGAUAGAAGAACUGAUCAGGAGGUCAUCUUUGAAAGAAGCCAAGAAGCCUCAAACUCAGCCCUGGGUGUCCUGUUGAGAACUUUAUUAUUUUAUUUCUUUUAGGUCUUUGAUCACCUUAGCGUUAAUUUAUUUUUCCUGUACUGAGGAACCCCAGGGGUGCUUUCCCGCUUCCUGGUGAUUCAUAUCACCAGCCUUUCCAUUUUAUUUUGAAAUAGACUGGCUUCAAAUUUGUAGUCCUCCUA